CAGCCCAGAUCGUGUCGCGUACGGACUACUAGAAAACUAUUCGAUAUUCUUCUGUAUCGAACCGCGGUCAGAAUGCGUCUCUUCCUCGCUGUUUUCUGCCUGACUAUCAGCGCUGUUCUGGCCCAACACGACACCGGUCACGGCGCGCCGGCCCCCGCCCACGGCGCCACCACCAAGCCGUCCGCCCGCGGCGGCACUACCGCCAAGAAGGGCGCAGCCAGCGCUGGCGGCCAUGAUGCCCACGCCGCACCCGCUUCCGGCCACGGAGCGGCCGCCGACACCCAUGGAACCGAUUCGCAUUCCAGCUCCAGCCACGCUGCUGAUUCGCAUUCGUCCAGCGCCGGUCACGGAGCCGAUUCCCAUGGAGCUGACGCCCAUGGAUCAGCCAGCAGUAAAGACUCGCAUGCUCCGGCUUCUAGCGGUCACGGGACACCCGCGGCUUCAGGAGGUCACGGAGCGCCGGCGGCCUCUGGAGGACACGGAGCCUCAUCGGCGGCAACAGCGCGCCGAGGAGCCGCAGCGGCUAAACCGACGCCGGCGGCUCAUCAUUAAGUUGCCUGAUGGUGACCUCGCGCCGGUUGGUUCUGCUACCGGCUGCAUGUAUACCAUAUACAAUUUUUCUGACAUUAUUUUGCGUGCGGCAUAUUUUUGGCGGGUAAAAUGACAACAGAAAUUUACACUAAAUGCUAGAUGGCUUCGAAUAAAGGUUUGAGCGCUUGUG